AACGUGCCUGCUGCCCCAGUACUAGGGGAGAUAAUUACGGAGUGAGAAGCGUCCUUCGCGAGUGGGGGAGAAACGCUGGAUUUAAACCUUUCCCCGCCAGCUUGAGAAUCACCGAGAGCUGCCGGGGAAGGGGAGCGAGGCGAGGGGGAGGCGGGACAACCAACAACCACAACAACCCCCGAGAAGAAAAGAAAAAUGCACCGAUCUAUCUCUUGGGUGAUCUUCGCGGGGCUGGCUGCGUUAUUCCUCUUCCAAGGAGUGCCCGUGCGCAGUGGAGAUGCCACCUUCCCCAAAGCUAUGGACAACGUGACCGUCAGACAAGGGGAGAGCGCCACCCUCAGGUGCUCCGUGGAUAACAGAGUUACUCGAGUGGCCUGGCUGAAUCGCAGCAGCAUCCUCUACGCUGGCAAUGACAAGUGGUGUUUGGACCCCCGGGUGGUGCUCCUGUCCAACACCAAAACCGAGUACAGCAUCCAGAUCCAGGAUGUGGACGUGUACGACGAGGGGCCCUACACCUGCUCCGUGCAGACAGACAAUCACCCCAAAACAUCACGGGUGCAUCUCAUUGUGCAAGUGUCUCCCAAAAUUGUUGAGAUUUCUUCCGAUAUCUCCAUCAACGAAGGCGGCAACAUCAGCCUCACUUGUAUAGCCACGGGCAGACCAGAUCCUACAAUCACCUGGAGGCACAUCUCCCCCAAAGCUGUGGGUUUCGUGAGCGAAGACGAAUACCUGGAGAUCACAGGGAUCACCCGGGAGCAAUCUGGCGAGUAUGAGUGCAGCGCAUCCAAUGACGUGGCAGCUCCCGUCGUCCGGAGAGUGAAAGUCACCGUGAACUACCCGCCGUACAUCUCGGACGCCAAGAGCACCGGGGUGCCCGUGGGGCAGAAGGGCAUUCUUCAGUGCGAAGCCUCCGCCGUCCCUGCCGCAGAAUUCCAGUGGUACAAGGACGACAAAAGGCUGGUAGAAGGACAGAAAGGGGUGAAAGUUGAAAGCAAAGCCUUCUUCUCCAGAUUGACCUUCUUCAACGUCUCUGAGCAGGACUACGGGAACUACACCUGCGUGGCCUCCAACAAGCUAGGAAAUACCAACGUCAGCAUCAUCCUGUACGAAAUAAGUGAGCCCACAAGCUCAACCUUGUUCCAAGAAGAGACAACUACAGCCCUGACACCCUGGAAAGGCCCUGGAGCAGUGCAUGAUGGGAACAACGGCACAUCAAGAAGAGCUGGCUGCAUUGGGCUGCUUCCCCUCCUGCUGUUGCAUCUGCUUCUCAAGUUUUGACCCAAGUGCUGAUUCUGCGGAGUAGCGACAACCACAGCAACAAGAAGAAGUAUAACAUUUAAAAAAGAAAAAUAAGCAUUAUAAUGAAGAGAAUGUAUUACCAGAAAAUCUGAGGGGGAGAGAGAGAGAGGGGGAGAAAAGGGAAUUUUGAAAAAAAAAAUCCAUUUUUUUCUCGCUGAAGCUUUGACACAGCUGAACCUUUUUCUUUCUUUCUUUCUUUUUUUCUUUCUGCAAUGGACAAGUGUGCCGAUACCAAGGACCAACCAGUACAUUUGGCUGAACGGCUCCCCCCGCUUCCCCACCACAUCCCUCAUUCCAAGGCAGCUGGCUCGGUCAUUUCUUUCUGCUCGACUCUCCUCCCUGGAUGAUUACAGAGUCGGCUGUUUCAGCGCAUGCAUAUGCAGACACACAGCAUUUUUUUUUCCUGGAGAUAUUCCCUCCUUUUCAUGGACUGUGCUGCCAUUCGUGUUAGUAUGAAACAAACAAGCAAAAACUGACGCCGAGACAAACGAAAAGGAACAAAGCAAACCAGUUGUUAAACAUUUCUUCAUUCUGCUACGCACAGACAUCAUGGAGAAUGAGGGAUCUGAUUCAUUAUUAAU